AUGCGAAACUCGGUUCCCCGCGAGUUCCCUGCCAAUGGCCUCGACGGCGCUCGGGGCAGUGGCCACUGGGCAGCAGAUCCGGGUCUGCGGAAACGCGUCGCAUGUGAUGUGAAUGCGCAACCAGGCGGGCGCCUAAUAUACAUCCGCUCCCUGCAGCGCUGUUCCGAGACGUUGAAUAGCUGGGGCUUACUGUUUACUUUGCUACCUUCUGCUGCUGUUGGGCUUAAAAGGACUUGCUUAAUCAAUCCCAGCCUGGGGAUAUUCAUGAACAAACCAAACCAGAAACUGAGGCUGCCCUCUGCUCAACCCACAGGUAUUCUGAAGCCGGAUAUCGUUCGAGAUGUAUCGGAAUCCCUCAAUAUCGCUUCUUUAUCUGAUCUGGUCGCGUCAGCCCUGGCAAGCGAUGUGGAGUACCGAAUACACCAAGUCGUCGAGGAAGCCGCUCGCUUCAUGAGACAUGCGCGCCGCACGACAAUGACGACUUCCGAUAUCGACCAAGCACUGCGCGUACUCAAUAUCGAACCUCUCUAUGGCCACUCCCCACAUAACCCGCCCACAUUCCGACGAGCACUUCCACAUUCGCAGGCCCCCUCAGCGGGCCCAGUGUAUUUCGUGGAAGACGAAGAGAUUGACUUUGACCGGAUUCUUCGGGAAGAAAAGCUCACCAUACCAAAGGGCCCACGCUGGACCGCUCACUGGCUCGCCGUGGAAGGCGUCCAGCCACUCAUCCCCGAAAAUCCCCCUGCCAUUCCAAAAGAUACAGAUCUCGAUCAAGCAGGGAGGUUGGCUUCCCCGACACGGGGCACCGUUUUCCCCCUCACGCCACCCUCAUCCGACCGGCCGUCGCCUGCACAAGCGACAAGGAAGCAAUCUCAGCAACAACUUGUUAAGCAGGUCUUGUCGCGCGAGCUGCAACUGUAUUAUACCCGCCUUACGUCUGCGCUACUCCCGCCCACGACGUCAGAUUAUGCUAAGCGAACGGCAGCGCUUGCGAGCCUGCGAAAUGACGCGGGGCUGCAGGCGUUGCUCCCUUACCUGGUGCGAUGGGUGGGAGAGGGCGUGGUCGGCGCGCUGAAAGGUGCGGCGCAAAGCGAAGGCGAUGGGCGGGUGCUGGAGGUGCUUUUGGACGUUAUCGGUGCACUCCUCGAUAACACGACGUUGUUCGUCGAACCAUACCUCCACCAACUUCUCCCGCCCAUUCUCUCCAUUCUCCUGCAUUCUGCUCUUCCUCCGACGCAUGCAGCGCAUCUUCGCACGACCGCUUCACAGAUCCUGUCGCAUUUGCUGACGCAAUACUCGACGACAUACCCCUCCCUGCCUCCCCGGAUUAUGAAGACCCUUUUGCUCGCACUUAUCUCUUCUGGAAAGAGCAGGAGCACACGGGAAGGCGCAAUACGGGGUCUUAUAGGCAUAGGGAAGGAAGCCGUUCGCAAGGGACUCGUAGAGGGGGGUGGGGCUAAAGUAGUGGGGAGUGAGUGUAUGCCGGGGGAAGAUGGUGGUAUUGCAGAGACAGUCAUGGAGGCAUUGAAAGUGCUUCAACCACCCAGUUCGGCGCCGAUUCCACUAGAUCGGACUAAUGAGGCAGAUGGACACAUCGUCCAGCAGCUACAAGAAGUACUUGGUGAGUUUUUCGCCGAGCGGUUGGCCGGAGACUCUGUGUGGGCAAGAAGUAUAUUGAACGGAGACCAAGAGCGGUGA